CCUGAUGGGUCAUUAUUGCAUGACUACAUUUUGCGAUGAAACACUCAUAGCGGUCAUAUUUUGUGUGACAGAAGUACAGGCUAACCGUUUCCCGACUUGAUAACACACACGACAGCAAGGAUAUAAUUUUGAAGAGAAGUCACAAUGAGGAGGAGGACAUCGCAUUACAUUGAAUUGGUGGCUUUGCUUUUGAUUGGAACACUCUGUCUGGUGCUUAUCUUUGGGAAAGAGGCCCACCCUGCAGAUGAGCCAUCAGAUAACAUGCAGAUAAAGGACACAAAGGGAUCAAUGCCUGACCAAAUAACUAAGAAACCAGAUGCCAUCACAUGGCCACCUUGUCAGCGUAAUGAAUCUGCAUCCAACGUGACAGGCUUUUCUUCACUUCCCGGCCACAUCCAAGACUUCCUGUAUUAUCGUCACUGCCGCCACUUCCCCAUGCUGCUUGACGUACCUGAUAAAUGUGGAGGUCCACAGAACUCUGCUGAUGUCUUCCUUCUGCUGGUUAUUAAGAGCUCGCCUUGGAACUAUGACCGCAGGGAGGUUCUACGUAAAACCUGGGCAGAGGAGAGAAUCCAGAAUGGUGUAUGGGUGCGUCGACUCUUCAUCUCAGGAACCACAAGCUCGGGAUUUGAGAAGUCAAAGCUGAACAACUUACUGGAGUUGGAAAACAAAGAACAUCAUGACAUCUUGCAAUGGGACUUCAGUGACACCUUCUUCAAUCUAACAGUGAAGCAAAUUCUGUUUCUCGAGUGGAUGGAGAGGAACUGCCCAAAUGCUCGCUUCCUGCUCAACGGUGAUGAUGACAUCUUCGCCAACACAGAUAACAUGCUGGAAUACUUUCAAAGCCUCAAGGACAAUGAUGGAAGCAAGCAUCUGUUUGCAGGUCAUCUCAUCCAUUAUGUUGGACCCAUCAGAGACCGAGGCAGCAAGUACUAUGUGCCAGUUCAGGUACAAGAGUCAGAAACAUACCCCCCCUAUUGUGGAGGAGGGGGCUUCCUCUUGUCAGGCUACACAGCUAUGGUCAUAUACAAAAUGUCUCAGUCAAUAACCAUAUUGCCCAUUGAUGAUGUUUACAUGGGGAUGUGCCUGCAAAAGGCUGGUCUUGGCCCGGAGUCCCAUUUUGGUGUCAGGACUGCAGGAAUGCGCAUUCCUUCAGAAAGGCUGGAUGCAUUUGACCCUUGUUUUUACAGGGAAAUUAUUUUAGUGCACAGGUUUUUAGUACAUCAGAUUUACAUAAUGUGGCAUGGAGUACGUGACCCUAACCUGAAAUGUAAUGUACAAACUUCACAACUUUGAACUUUUCAGGUGUCUCUUAUCUUGUUUCUUUUUUAAGUAUUAUAUUCAGAUUUCUCACUGGAGAUUGGUGAUUUGUCUUUAUGUAUAACGAUAUGUAAUAUUUUGAUGGUUUUUCAAAUUUGAAAAGGAUUUGUUUUUCAUCCUUGUUAACGUUUAUAAGCAAUAUUUAUGAAAUUAUUUUUCAGGUUGGAGAGCAUAAUUGCUGAGGUGAAUGGUGAGCAUGUCUUGGACUGGUAGUGUCAAUCAUAAGAAACAGGAUGCAUCACAUACCAUAUCUUUCACACCAAUGUAAAAAACCCAGUUAAUCCCUUGAUGUAUAUGGACCUACUUUUUAUUUUUUACAAUUUAUUGAAACAUGUCGGUUAAAACCCGUUUAGGACCUGCAUGCAGUUUCUAACCAUGAAACAAGACUCCUCAUAAGUUUAACUUAUAGUGCAAGAGCAGUCAACACAAAACACAGACAAGUUGUACAACAUGUUCUGUCAGAUGGCACAUACCCUGGGCCUGGGAGGGUUAUUGCUUUGUGGAGUGGCUGAUGACUAACUUUCAUUACAGUUGGUCGAUAAAUGUAACUGAUUUAACUUCUUGUACUCGCUGUAUAUUAUAUUAUUGUUGCUUGCUUUCCUACAGGUACACUCUUUCACUUUUGAAGUUCAUGUUGUUUAAUUUGUAACUUGUUUAACUACUUGUUCUUAUGUUUCUUCAUAUUGGCAGUUAUUUGCUUUUCACAAUGUAUGCUUCAUGUUUUGGUAACCCGCAAUGUUUUUGAGGCCAUCUCGUUGUUUAUGAUCAUUGGCCUAUGCACUUUUGUAAAGCUCUCUCUUGGAAGUUGCUUUGGAUAAAAACGUCUGCUAAUCAACCAAAGAGAAGAUGUGGAACAUUCUCAUUGGUAGUGAGUGUGAUAUGAUUACUUGAACAGAUGGCACUGCUCUUUACACUAGUGAAUGAUGCCAAAAAACUGCCAAGUCACCUAAUAAUUAGCUACAAUCAGCAAUACUGGACGACUUCAUCCAUCAUUUAUUCUGAACCCAGGAAAGUGUCUGAUAUGCUGUUGAUUUUGCAGCAUUGCACGAUGCACUAUUGUAAUUGACGUGUUGUUGCACUGCAGUUUGGAUACCAUCAUUUUUGUUCACCGUAGCUGGAAGCUAAGAUGUGGUUACUUUGCACUGUGGUUAGUAAACAUAAACUGCCCCAUAACACCCACCACCGAAAUACUGUUCGAAAUAUGCACUUACAAUCCAAGAUGGUCUUCUGUACUUUCUAUAUGAGGUAUUUGUACGUCGCUUUGGAUGAAAGUAUCUGCUAAAUGAAUCAAAUGUAUUCUGUUAAAUACAAAAAUUAAAUGUAAUAAAUGAU